UAGUAGUGAAUCCGAAGGGUAGAGUGAAGCAAAAAAAGAGAGAAAAAGACAUAAAUGGCCUCAGAGAGGAAGAAGGCAACGUGUGAAAAAGCAAUCAUCGGCCUGAAGGAAACCUAAUAUCUCCCUCUUCUGCCCCUUCUGUAAAUUCCCAAUCAAACCCUUCUCUCCUUCCUCCUCCAUCUUUGCCCCUUCCCCAAAUUCUUCUUCCCGAUUCUCUCCUCCUUCCCUUUUUUUCUUUUUACCCGCCAAAAUCACCUCCCCCUUCACUAACGGCUCCUUCCCCAAUUUCCAUUUCCCAUUUCCUUCUCCAAACCCUAGAUUUCUAAUUUUCUGGAUCGCUGCUUGGGUCUUCUUCAGUUUUCGAGCCAAAAGAAUUUGAUUCAACUCCAUCUACCCAAAUAUCCGUCUUCUCUCAAAGAGUAAGUUACUGUCCAGUGAAAUUGAGGAUGCAAUUGAUUAAGCUAGAUGAUUGUACUCCUUCUAUUUCUGUACUGAUAAAGUGAGAGAAUUAGUGUUGUAGUGUUUGUCUUGUUUUUGAAGAAGCGUCUUCUUGUUGUAGUUUGUAUUAAGAAGAUUGUUUCAGCAAUGGCCAAUCGCGAUUUGAUGCUUGGACAAAAUCGUAAUAUCGGUAUUGGGCAGGGUCAAUCUUUGGUGCUUGGCCACAGCCACAACAGUCUAGGGCUUGGUCAAAACCAUGUUGAUGUGGACCUAGGCCAAGGUCACAAUAUGGAUUUAGGGCAUGAUCAUGAUAUUGAUUUAGGGAAUCCCAAUGAUGAUCAUGAGCUAGGCUUAGGAAAUAGUGAAGAUCAGGAUGGAGAGGAUCAUCAUCAUCAUCACGACUAUAUGAAUGAGAAUGAAAUCUCGGUGGAUCAAAAGCCUGGACACGACGAUGUUGAUCCCGAUCUGGUUCUUUCCUCGCAUAACCAUGACUUUUCAUUGUCAGAUAAUAAUAAUCAGUUGGUGGUUGGGGAAAACCAUGAACUAGACGACAAUCUGGAAUUAGCCGUUGACUCAAGUCAUGAACUUGAAAUUGACCAACAUGGUGAUAUGGUAAUGGUUAGCACUCCGGUUCAAGCCCGAGCUCUUACUGCUGACAUGACUUACCAACUUACGGUUGGGCAAGAGUUUCCAGAUGUAAAGAGUUGUCGUAGAGCACUGAGAGAUAUGGCGAUUGCUCUUCAUUUCGAAAUGCAGACAAUAAAAUCUGACAAAACUCGUUUCACAGCUAAGUGUUCGAGUGAUGGAUGUCCAUGGAGAGUUCACGCUGCAAAGCUCCCCGGGGUUCCAACUUUCACAAUCAGAACGAUCCAUGAAAGCCAUAGCUGUGGAGGAAUAAAUCAUUUGGGUCAUCAACAAGCUUCAGUUCAAUGGGUUGCUAGCUCGGUUGAGCAACGGCUUCGAGAGAAUCCGAAUUGUAAACCUAAAGAGAUUCUUGAAGAGAUACACCGGGUUCACGGAAUCACCUUAUCGUACAAACAAGCUUGGCGUGGUAAAGAAAGAAUCAUGGCAACUAUGCGCGGAUCUUUUGAAGAAGGGUAUCGGUUACUUCCGCAAUAUUGCGAGCAGGUUAAAAGGACGAACCCGGGAAGCAUUGCUUCGGUUUAUGGAAGUCCAGCUGAUAAUUGCUUCCAGCGUCUCUUCAUAUCGUUUCAAGCUUCAAUUUAUGGGUUUCUAAAUGCUUGUCGACCGCUUCUUGGAUUGGACAGGACAUAUUUGAAGAGCAAGUAUUUGGGUACUUUGCUUCUCGCUACUGGAUUCGAUGGAGAUGGUGCUUUGUUUCCGUUGGCGUUUGGGAUUGUAGAUGAAGAGAAUGACGAGAAUUGGAUGUGGUUUUUGUGCGAGCUUCAUAAUCUUCUUGAAACCAAUACCGAGAAUAUGCCAAGACUCACGAUUUUGUCGGAUAGACAAAAGGGAAUAGUGGAAGGUGUGGAACAGAAUUUCCCAACUGCAUUUCACGGUUUUUGUAUGCGACAUUUGAGCGAAAGCUUCCGCAAGGAGUUUAACAACACAAUGUUAGUCAAUUAUCUGUGGGAAGCUGCUCAAUCUCUAACAGUAAUUGAGUUUGAAGCCAAAAUACUCGAAAUUGAAGAGAUUUCUCAAGAUGCAGCUUACUGGAUUCGGCGAAUCCCUCAUCGGUUAUGGGCUACCGCUUAUUUUGAAGGACAACGGUUUGGACAUUUAACCGCAAAUAUAGUCGAAUCCCUGAAUUCAUGGAUCACUGAAGCAUCUGGACUUCCAAUAAUUCAGAUGAUGGAAUGCAUUAGGAGACAACUAAUGACUUGGUUCAACGAACGACGUGAAACCAGUAUGCAAUGGACUUCGAUACUCGUCCCAACUGCUGAGCGGCGUGUAGCCGAGGCUCUUGAGCUUGCAAGAACCUAUCAGGUGCUUCGAGCCAAUGAAGCAGAGUUUGAAGUUAUUUCUCAUGAAGGAAACAACAUAGUGGAUAUCAGGAACCGGUGUUGUCUCUGUCGGGGUUGGCAGUUAUAUGGUUUACCUUGUGCACACGCCGUGGCGGCUCUUCUUUCUUGUAGACAAAAUGUUCAUAGGUUCACUGAGAGCUGUUUUACUGUGGCUACUUAUAGGAAGACUUAUUCUCAGACGAUUCAUCCGAUUCCAGAUAAAAGUCUUUGGAGAGAGCUUUCUGAAGGAGAUCCAAACGUGAACAAAGCUGCUCUUGAUGCUAUUAUAAACCCUCCAAAGUCUCUGAGACCGCCUGGUAGGCCGAGGAAAAGACGGGUUCGAGCUGAAGAUAGAGGACGAGUGAAACGGGUUGUGCAUUGUAGCAGGUGUAACCAGACUGGACAUUUCAGAACCACUUGUGCUGCACCAAUAUGAUUUGCAAUGACAGCAUGCUCUCUGUAUGUUUUACCAGAACAAUACCGCGGACUCGAGUGAGAAGAAGCAAAAACCGCAGGUGUAAACUGUUCAGUGUACUAUUAAAAUUCGAUCUUUCUUGAUCAAUUGCAAGAUUUCAGGCAAUAGAAGGAAACAAAUACCUAGAGAACAACAUUACAUUGCCUGUUUGUUGAAUCCUUUCCUUGCUUAUUUUAUAUGCUCAGCUCGAGCAGUUACGCAUAAACUCUUUCUCUAUUUAUUCCUGAUAUCACAUUUUAUUUCCCAUUUGGAAUGUAUUUUAUUUAGGUUUGAUUAAAAAGAAAAUUUACAAAGUA